AUGGAUCGUGCCGACCGCUUCAUCGACCAAGACGAAGCCGAGCGAAACUCGUUCAUUCAGCAUCACGUCGUCACCGGUCGAGGCUCACUGUUCCCCGUGCAGGGCGAUGCUUCUCGCUCCAAGCUCGAUGAGGUCGCAAUCAACGAUGUGAUGGUGUCCUACAUCGUAGACAACGACGUUGAAGGGCUCGAAACGACUCGUAUCAUCAAGUGA